AUGAAUAAACACAAAAUUAGAAGUUUAAAAGUAUGUGUGAACAGCGGACUUAGGCAAUACUCAUUAUGUUGCCCUCCACAACCACCGCGGUGCGGUUGUCCUCCGCAGAUUCCUGGCUUCGGCAGGCGCAUUGUGCCUCCGUCUGACUGCCGCCCAGGGCCUGUGCCACCAAAUCCAUGUGUGCCCAAGUUUCCGGGAAAGGACGGGUGGAGGAAAUAUAGAAGUUUGUUUUUCUUCAUUGGAGUUCCUCUUAUAAUUGUUCAAGCUAUUCACUCGUUGGGACACGAAUUACCGCCAAAAGGAGAAUGUCGUGAUUAUGAAUACAUGCGCAGACGCACAAAGAGGUUCCCAUGGGGAAAAAGAGGUAUAAAAAGUUUAUUCCAUAACCCUCAUGUUAACCAUUUGCCAGGAGAAUGUGAACCUCCGCCUCUAGAUUGUGAUUAG